AGACGCCUGCUCUGUACGGAGCUACUUCAGGAAGGCUGCGCAGCGACACGUGUUCUUAAUCUUCCCUCCUGCUUUAUACUCUAUUGUCUUGCAUAGGUCGUAAUCGAGAUUAUUUUCUUCGUGUACAAAGUCACGCUAUUUAGCAAUAAUAGAACGCUUGAUUAAUCAAAGGCUUACGGUGUUGCACCUCAUCAGUAAGAAAGCGGGUGGAAGGAUGGCGGACGGGGGUUAUGGCGGUCCUAACCGCAAUUGUUACAACUGUGGGUUGUAUGGUCAUUUCGCGCGGUGGUGUCCUUAUCCGCCACGUAACAACGGCUUUGCUGGGUCGCCAUGAGGAAACGGUUACGUAGCCCCGAGUAUGGACGCGAAUGCUGUCCCGAUCCUGAAUGAUGGCUUCGUGCAAGGGCGACCGAUUCUUACGCCACCUCAUCCGCCAGCUUCGGGCCAGCAAGCUCCAAGUAAUCAAGUUGCUGGACAGUUCGCUCCACGGUUUGAACAACCGCCUCCGCCUCCGCUGCUGCAACCGCCGACGACUGCUUCGAACGUCUCCAAUGCCAUUAUCCCUUAUUUGCCUCCACCGCAGAUUCCAUUUCAGCAGCCACGCGGCACUGCUAAUGCGAAUGGCCAACGAGGAUGGAACAAUCGACCACGAGAUUCCGGAGGAGGUGGUUUCUCUGCCAGAUUGGUAGGGAUGUUCGCAUCUGUGACAGGCAAUGGAACCAGGAGGCGUUCCAACGACAUUUCCAUCAAUGAACCAGCUAGCCAAGAACUAGGCUUUGAUCGUGUCAACAAAGGAAAGAAAGUUGCCGUUGCUGGACCUGGGAAGGAAGGCAGAAAGAAGUACGUGGAGGAUCUAUCUGAGGUGCUUUUCGCCAAGACCAAGCAUGAACUGGAGGAGCUCUGCAAGAAAGACAAAAUCAAAUAUGUGAACAAGAAAAUCACAAGUGCUGCGCUGGCUCGGCUGCGAGCCAUCGACGCCUAUGGCGAAGAUUCUAAAGAAGAAGAAUCCGAGGAUGAGAUCCAAGAGGAGAAUCCCUCCUGAUAAUCUGUUGACGUCCCCUCCGUCUUAGAAUUAGAAAAGUUGUACGGAUUCCGUAUCACGAUCGAUUUUGGAAAGUCAAAGUGUACGAGUUGGCAAAUAGCGUUGUCCGUAAACGUUGUUCGAAUAAUUCUCUAACAAAUUUUAAAAUUUCUA